AUGGACAAUGCAAGGAUGAACACCUUCCUAGACUAUUCCAUCAUUAACGGAGACACUGGGGCCUGCUCUUCUAGAAGUUACCAUGCAGAUCCAGGAAUUGCAACUUAUCAGUCUUGUGCCGUUAGUAAUAAUAACUGCACCGCUGAUGAGCGCUACAUCGUGGCCAGAAGUGUCCAAAUAGGUGCUCCACCUCCUCCUCCUCCUCAUCAUCACCAGCCUAGCUAUACACACCACAACAACCUGGGCAUAUCCUACAGUGCCCACCCCAACUGUGGAGCAGGAUACCCAGCCCAGAGCUUUAGCACAGGCUACAGUCAUCAUCAUUACUCAUUGAACCAAGAGGCGGACGGUAACGGAGGGUACCCUCAGUGUGCUCCUGCUGUCUACCCUGGGAACAUUGGCUCAGCCAUCAGCCCACAUCAGCACGGCUAUGGUGGGAUGGUGGGGCCAGGCCAAUAUUCCCAUCACCCAUACAGACAAGAGCAGCAGCAGCAGCAGCAGUCCAGUUUAGCCUUAGUUGCAGCCUGUCACCCUUCGUCCCCCGCCCACGGCAGCCAUCAGGAAGCCUGCUGCUCCCCGUCUGCUGAGACCCCUCCCCCAGCACAGACCUUUGACUGGAUGAAGGUGAAGAGGAACCCUCCGAAAACAGGGAAGGCGGGGGAGUAUGGUUUUGUCGGCCAGCCCAAUACAGUGAGAACCAAUUUCAGCACGAAGCAACUGACCGAGUUGGAGAAAGAGUUCCACUUCAACAAGUACCUGACGCGGGCCAGGCGGGUGGAAAUCGCGGCUGCCCUUCAACUCAACGAAACCCAGGUAAAAAUCUGGUUCCAGAAUCGGCGGAUGAAGCAGAAAAAGCGGGAGAAGGAGGGCUUCGCCUCAGUUUCUCCGGCCACUCCUGGGAGUGAAGCGAACACAGAAGACACCUCAGACAAAUCGAACUCUACCUCGUCGACCCCCUCCCCAUCAUCAUCUACCUCAGAAACGAUUCAUACUUCAGGCUGA